AUGGGUAUCUCAUACCAGCGUGGGCUAGAAGAUUCAGGGGAUAAUGCCAUGCAGGUAGAUCCAGGCCUUGACCUUGCCAGAUACAUAAGGAGUAAAAGAGAAAUGAAAUUGGAUAUCAAACCACUGGCAAAUGACGGCAGAGAGGUAAUAAUGGGGGACAAAGAAAUAGCAAUCAAACUUGGUAAGAAUUUUGUGCCAAUGUUCACUGUGGUAGACACCAGCAGUAAUGCCAGAAUUUUGAGAGUGACAGGGAGCAAAAUUCUGCUUCUUUCUCUUAUAGUACAUAGUUGCCAUUUAGUCUGUGUUGAAGUUCCUUCAGAUACUGAAGCCCUACAUGGAACUAAUAUGAAACUCACUUGCAUUUCCUGUGUGAAGAGAGAAGAAGUAAAUACAGACACUAUGGUUGAAUGGACCUACAUCAACAGUGAUGGAGAAGAGAUUUCAAUUUAUGAGUACAACGGAGAGCCACGAGAGCUAAAAGGACCUUAUCAGGGCAGAAUUCUGUGGAAUGGAAGCAAAGAUCUGCAAGAUGUAUCCAUAACCAUAGUGAAUGUUACACUUAACGACAGCGGUUUGUACCGGUGCACGGUCAAACGUUAUUUCAAUUAUGAAAUGCACAGACCUUCUGUCACAGAUGUGAAAGAGGUUCAGCUAACAGUACAUGAAGAUGCCCUUGAAGAUUUUACUUCAUACAUUUCAGAAAUUAUGAUGUAUCUUCUCCUUGUUUUCCUCACUUUAUGGCUUGUUAUAGAGAUGAUAUAUUGCUACAGAAAAAUAUUGAAAUCAGAACAAGCCGCACAAGAAAAUGCAGCAGACUAUCUGGCGAUACCCUCUGGAAAUAAAGAAAACCAUUCAACUGUUCCUGUAGAGGAAUAGGCACAUUUGCUUUGGAUAGCAGAUAGAUUGGUAAGAAUAAUUUGAAACAAGUUUUGUUUAAAAAAACUCAAAGCUGCUAAGUCUAGAACUAUUAGAUAACAUGAAGUAUCUUAGAAUACGUUGGGGGUAUAUGUUAACAAAAAUUCAGUUUUUAGUUCAUGAUGAUUUUUGGCGAUAUACAUGGAUUCAAAUAUACAAUAGAACCAAAUGUUUGUUAUUAACAGUCUCACUGAAAAUAGUCCCUAUACAGUAAUUACUGGAGUCUGA